AUGCGAUCACAGCAUGAAUCACAGACUUUCCGACUGCCACACCAUUCAUCCUCCAGUUCCAGUAGUUCUCCCCCACCUGCUAGUUGCAAGCGCAAUUCAUCAUCGGCGUCUCAGUCUGGCCCUGAACAUCCCUUAUUUGACUCAACAUAUCAUUCGUGCAGCCGGAGCAGAUCAGAGGGAGCUUCUGACAGUCGCACUCAGGCUAGUGGCGGUCGUGAUUUUGAUAUGGUGUUCAAUCCACCUGACUUGGAGGAUGUCAUUGAGGAUGGUCAUGGCAGCCAUCAUGAUUUUGAGUAUGAUGCACCACACGAUACCUUUGAGGAUCGGCAUUCUGCUGAGCCGCCGGCAGACUCUACAGGUGGCUUGGAUGUAGAUCAGCCUCCUGGUAGUAGUGCUAGUUCUGACAGCCAAGCUUGGAGUCGACCUCAGGUAACUAGGUCAUAUCAUCCCAUCAUUAACGGGAGAAUCUGCGAUGGUCAAAGGAAUCCCAUACCCCCAGAUGCUCCACCACCUCCACGCCCAUCAGAUCGUGGAUCUGACGACUGGACGCCAUACAACGAUCGUGUCGAGUUUGAAGUUGCUGAUUUCCUGUACCGUCGCAACCAAAUGUCUGCAGGCGAUAUUGAUUUUGUAUUCAAUCUGUGGGCAGCUUCAUUAGCAGCUCACGGUGAUACCCCGCCAUUCACAAACCACACCGACAUGUACGACACCAUCGAUUCAACUCCUCUCGGUGAUGUUCCCUGGCAAAGCUUCAGCUCGCAGUACAACGGAAUUUUACCUGACGACCCGUCUGAGUAUGAUGUAUGGUUCCAAGACCCUCGGCUCCUGGUUCACAACAUCAUAUCAAACCCGGAUUUCAAGGACGAAUUCGACUAUGCACCGCUACAGGAGUAUAGCAUUAGUGAUGGAGCGCAUCAAUUUCAGGACUUUAUGUCCGGCGACUGGUGUUGGAAACAGGCCGACUUAAUUGCGCAAGAUCCGGAUACAAUAGGAUCGAUGUUCGUCCCUAUUAUCCUUGGAAGUGACAAGACAACAGUCUCUGUCGCCACUGGCCAUAACCAAUAUUGGCCGGUCUAUAUGUCCAUUGGCAACAUCCGCAACAAUGUGCGGCGUGCACACCGCAAUGGUGUCGUACUACUUGGCUUCUUAGCCAUUCCAAAAGACACCAAGGAUGCACACUUCCGAAAGUUCCGCCGCCAGCUUCUACACUCGUCACUUGCAAAAAUGCUUGAAACCCUCAAACCUGGCAUGACCAAACCGGAGGUUGUCCGUUGCCCUGAUGGCCACUUUCGACGAGCUGUGUAUGGUCUUGGACCAUACAUAGCUGACUAUCCCGAGCAAGCACUGCUUGCAUGUAUUGUACAAAAUUGGUAUGCACCGACACCAGCAGACGGUCUCGAUGAAGGCACAUAUGGCCGACGUUCCCGCAAUCACACCGAAGUUUUGGUUGAGGAAUUCGAACUAGGUGUUCUGUGGGAUGAAUACGGCCUUGUUGGAGACAUUGUGCCAUUCACUAAUUACUUUCCACGCGCCGACAUACACGAGCUUCUCUCCCCAGAUAUCUUACACCAGCUCAUCAAGGGAGCGUUCAAGGACCACCUAGUUAGUUGGGUGCACGACUACAUCGAAGCUCAAUAUACAGAAGCCAACGCGAACAAGAUACUGGACGACAUUGACCGUCGCAUCGCUCUAGCUCCAGCGUUUGCAGGCCUUCGACGAUUUCCAGAGGGUAGAGGAUUCAAACAGUGGACUGGUGACGACUCAAAAGCUCUCAUGAAGGUCUAUAUACCUGCUAUCGAAGGUCAUGUACCCAAAGAGAUGGUACAGGCUUUGCGAGCGUUACUCGACUUCAUCUACAUCGCUCGCCGCAACAUCAUCAGCUCUAACAGCCUCGACGCAAUGGACGAUGCCUUGAAGCGUUUCCACAGGUACCGCAAGAUAUUCCGAACAUCCGGUGUUCGACCCAGAGGAUUUAAUCUCCCUCGACAACAUUCACUCAUCCAUUACCAUAAGCUCAUUCGAGCGUUCGGCGCACCAAAUGGGCUUUGUUCGUCUAUAACAGAGUCCAAACACAUUAAAGCCGUCAAGGAGCCAUGGCGCCGGUCGAGUCAUUUCGAGGCUCUCAGUCAAAUGUUACUUACCAAUCAGCGUCUCGACAAGCUAGCCGCUUCACGCGUUGAUUUUGAUGAGCCUUUUGGAUGCUACCAUCAUGCAACUAAUGAUGGCGAAGGUAGUGCAGACGAGGGUGAGGGUAACACCAAUGCUGAGCCUGAUGCUGAUGCUGUUGAUGGGCCAAUGGUCCUUGCCCAUGUUGACCUGGCGAAGACAGCUGGUAACUCUGACUCCUCCCGGUCUGCACUUCCUGAGAUCUACGAAAAGAUCACACUGUACACUUCAGCCGUGGCCACCUUCUUUGCUCCUAGCGAUUUAUCGGGGAUUGGCGGUAUGCGCUACGAGCGUAUUCGCGCUGUAGAUACGUGGAGAAAUGGCCCUGGGCGCUAUGAUUGUGUCUUUGUUAGCACUGAUUCGUCUGCCGAUGGCAUGCGCGGCCUCAACAUUGCUCGAGUGAGACUAUUUUUUUCUUUGAAGCAUGAUGGUAUCACGUACCCUUGUGCACUUGUACAGUGGUUCAAACGUGUGGCUGACUCCCCAGAUGAAAUUACGGGAAUGUGGGUUGUAGAGCCGGAGCUUCUUGAAGAUGGAGCACGCUGUGUGUCUGUCAUCCACCUUGAUAGUAUAUUUCGUGCGGCCCACCUUAUACCAGUAUUUGGGGGCGACUUUGUGCCAACCAAUCUCACUUACUCGCAGACACUCGACGCUUUUUGCACUUAUUAUGUCAACAAUUUCAUUGAUCAUCAUGCAUAUGAGAUCGCAUUUUGA